AUGGAAGAAGAAGAUAAGAUUCCUCAAUGGCAAUGGCAUGAUGAAGAAGAUAGCAUCUUAGCAGAUUGGGAUAUUGAAAAUAUGGGUAUUCAUCAUACCAUUUCUGUUGACAUGGUGUUAGAAAGAUUAAGAAAUGCCCUAACAGUUUUAGGGAUCUAUGAUGCCAUUCAUCUGUAUGUUGUUGUUGCUCACCUUGAACGUGCUAACCUCGAACCUGCUUUGUUUGAAAACAACCAAAACAGCGGUAUCAAUACGAGGCAUUUGAUUCCGUUGGCUACGAGUAGGCAAAUGGAGUUGUUUAAGGCACAUAUGAAUGGUGAAACACCAAAUCUAGGAAAAACCAUAAUUGUGUUCACAGGAGACUACGAUUACAACUUUACCAUGACAAGGCUCAAAAACUUAGGUUUGAGGGUUAUUUUGGUUACAGAUGGAUGCAAAUGCAAAAUCAAGGGUGUUGAAAAAUGUAGGUUUAGUAACAUGAUGAAUGGUAAUCCAGUUUGGAGGGGCACUCCAUGGAAUCUGGUUGUUACUAAUCAUUUGGCGUAUAUUGUUUUGGAAGUAAUGAUGGAAUAUGACUUGGAUACAAUGUCCCUAUAA